GGUUCUUUCGAUCGCCUUGCUACUAUUGCAAAUCUGUUUUUGGGGGGUCAGUCUGCUGGAGAGCUCGUUGCACAAUGGCUGCCAGUGCCCUGAAUAACUUCUUUGUACUCCUGCUAAUCGGCUUCGUGUCCUAUGCGGCCCUACAGUUCGCUGUUAUUUGGGUCUUGAAAUGCUGCUGCGACAGACGGAGAAAUUCCCAAUUGAGGCGCUGUAAGUUGCACACUGCCUUUUGUUUUGUUUCGCCCGACAUCACAGCCGUAUAUAUAUCUCGCUAUAUCUGAUAUAUGGAGCAACGUUUAUGGGGUAUUGCCAAGCAAACAUGGCGGACAAUCUAAUCUCGGGCGACUAAUCAAUUGCGUGCCAAACGGCGAACUAUGGGUAAUACUAGGGCCCAGAAAACGCAGUUGGUGGCUGUAGUUUGGCUUUGAUUACCGCUACGGGUCGUUCUAAGUUUCCCUUCUGAGUUCUCAUCACAAUGCACGGUUCGGAGCCCACGAUGGAUUGGGACAGUGACUUUGGGCUCCAUGUGGCCAUCUACAUGGCCCUGGUGUUCUUCUUUUUCUGCGUCAUCCCACUGGCCUGCUACUACAUCCGCGUGGAGAGCCAAACUCUGGCCAAGAUCUGCCAUCCGCGAUGUCGACGUCAGCAGAGGCAGAGACCUGGGAUUCGGCGGCGAUACGAGAUCGGAAUUGACCGCCAGGGCAAUGUGUUCAGCGUGCCGGAGGAGCCGUCUGGCAACCGCUAUGGCGACAUAUUCUUCAUUGAACCUGGCAGCGUGGAGUCCAACCGCAUUCGCGACCAGUUGGAGAAGGACGAGAAGGAUCUGCCCAGCUACGACGAGGUGAUGCGCAUGUGCAACCUGACCACGCCCACAGCCGCGCCAGCGGGUACGCCCAUUCCCCAAUCCCCGCCAGUUGAAGCCGGACCCAUUGGGAUUGCGGCACUGCCGGCUCCUCCGUACUCGGAGACAGAUCCACAUGCAACCGCCGGUGAAGCCACUGUCAUCGCCAUGGAACCGAUGGGACCAUCCACAUCGAGAGCCGCACAGAUCCCACCCAGCUCCGGUUCCGGUUCUGGGCCACCUGCUCCUCCUCCGGCAGUGGCAACCGUAUGAUCCACCGGAGGCUUGGAGAGAUGGAACUGAAGCAUUCGCCGUGCCACUCUGGGCCACACAGAUGCCACUUUGUGUGCGCUUUCAGUACAGUUAAUGAACUUGUGUGAUCUUAUUGAGUACAUACCUAGUUAAGUGAUAGCGAUUAAGUGUCACCUAUUGUAAAUACAUAUUUUUAGGAUGUAGGAUGAAAAUUAAAGUGAGUGAUUUAAUAGAAAA